UUACAAAGAAAAUGAUAACAAAUAAAGUACGUCACACAAAUACUUCAGUGAUACACGGUAAAGUACUGAAAUUUUGCAGUGUAAACGUAUUUGUGUAAUUAAAAUUUAAAACACUAAUGAUUCUUGGAGGAAAAUGCAUCGAAACGACAUAGUUGUAGCUGCUAUCCUUGCCACCUGUGCCUGUAUAGCAGUGGCUCAAACCCCCGUGCCUCGGUGCUUCGACUUCACCUGGCUAGGACCUCGGUAUUCCAAUGAGAGUAUUUUUAGGAACGCCACAUGCCAGGACGCAACCAGGUUAGCCAGCGGUAUACCUUGCAGAGAACCACUUGUAGUCUCUGAGGACGGCACUUGGCCAGACGUGCACUACAUUUGGCAGAACUAUGCGGAGCACGCGUCCUGCGUGCUAGCCAGCAACGACGUAUGUGCCCAGUUCACCUACUAUUUCAAUGGACAAGCGGAAAAUUCAACCUACAUGUGCACUCGAGCCGUGGACAACAUGGGAAUGGCCAUCACAAGUGGCUGUUAUGAUCAAGUGAACGGAACCUUCCGUACAAGGGCUUCGUCAGCUGUCAUUUAUGACAAAAUGUACUCCGUAUUAACAAGAGGCAAUGCAAUACUAACGUACACGUUAAGUGUCUUAGCAUGUCUCACAUUUUUAUGUUUUCUGUCCACAUUAACUGUGGAUUACAGAACUGCCGCACAAAUGAACACAGUGAAGGUGGUCGUUAAAAACGUCCCAGAUUACGGCGCCUCACGUGAAAGGAAUGAUCUCGGAUUUUUGACUUUCGAUCUGAAGACUGAUCUCUCCCACCUCUUCAAUUGGAAUGUGAAGCAGCUGUUCCUGUACCUAACUGCUGAAUACAUCACUACCAACAAUGAACUCAAUCAAGUAGUUCUUUGGGAUAAAAUUAUCCUCCGUGGAGAAAAUGCUGUAUUAGACUUUAAAAACAUGAACACUAAAUACUAUUUCUGGGAUGAUGGAAAUGGUCUAAAAGGUCACAACAACGUCACACUGACCCUGUCUUGGAACAUCAUACCCAACGCAGGGCUGCUGCCGAACAUCCAAGCUCUUGGACAACACUCUUUCAAGUUCCCCACAGAGUAUACACAGACAAAGGUAUGAUCCGAAAGGAUCCACCAUUAAGUUAUGGUGUAGCUGAGAUUGCUAUGAUAAUUAUUAUGGUAAGAUUCGUCAAAUUAUAAUGAUUUACUGUA